AUGCGUAUCUGUGUGGAGCAGGAACUGGAUGACUCAAAAGCAUGUGUGGUGAAUACUAUGACUUACCAGUAUUUGCGGGAAGGCGAGUGGAGUGCUGCGCUAUCAUGGGCUUUGCGAGGUGGUCGAGGACCGGCUCUCGAUACUGCAGUCAAUAGAAUUGUAUGGCACGCGGAUAAGAAUGAACUGGCCUCUAUGAGUUUGUUGGAUCACUUAGCUGACUAUGUAGCUGAACUGGAAUCGCCGUCUCUUGCUUUCCUCUUCAACUACUACCGAUUUCACCGAUUUUUGAGCAUUGGAGACGUUCGCUCUGCUGCGCCGGUGCUCGUAUCCCUCAUCUCCUCGACAAAUGUUCCGCUAUCUUUCCACAAGAUCCUCUUUUAUUAUUUGAAGCUCAUUCUAGCUGAUGCUCCACAGGUCCAAAUUCCUGCUGAAAAUUUGCAUGAACUGGUGUCGUUCUUCCGUCAGUAUUCCAUCGAUAACGGUGAAGACAUGGAGGAUGCAGAAGAUACUGUGAGUGAGCGCCUUUGAAU